AUGCGCGAUACCAUUGAUGAUCGAGGGCCAGUUUUUGACUAUGAUGUUAGAAAGCCUAGGCAUUCUAAAUGUCGUCAAGUUCAUGCAGAAACAGCAGAUGGUAAAGUGACUUAUAGUUGCAAGGGGUUUGAAAACACUGGAAUUUUAUGGAGACGUGCGCUCUAUGUCCUAGAUUUCUUAUACAUAGAGAGAAUCCCAACUCAAUACAUUUUAGAGAAGUUAAUUAAAAAUCCUAGGAAUGUCAAGGUGGAAGACAUUCAUGGACAAAAAUAUCCCGAAUUGCUUUAUGAUAAACUACACAACAUGUUAGGAGACAUGAAGGAAGAAAACUCAAGUGAAACUGAUGAUGAUAAGGCCUCCAAGAUUCCUUGUGAAAGGGAGAGAGCUAUGGAUGUGAAUGGUUCGGGAAACGCAAAUGCUACAGAGGACAUAGGAAUGAAGAAAACAAUGGACUCUAAUGAGGAAUUGGAGACCAAAAAGGGUUAA